GAGGUUGUGACGGAGCGCGGGAAGUGGGGAAGUGUCAACAAAUUUCGAAUUUCCUCCAAUAGCUCAGCUGUGUAAACUACAAAAUAUGCCAUUACGCUGAAAAUAUGUCAUAAUGUUGAAGUUUAUGGACUAGAAUAGUGUAAGAUAACAUAGGCUCUAUUGAUCGUAUUCGAUUUAUUAUUUUUGAUAGCGGUAAACCUACCCCAGCAAACAAGUCGGGUAUAUGUGUGUACAUUUGUACACAAGUAACACAACUGUCUUGUAAAUUGUGAUGUACUGAAGACAGACUGGCAAUUUAAGAUCAGACUGGCAAGCGAGAGGUAUAGCUCAGUAAGUGAGUAACCUGGUCAUUGUAACGGUAUGGAGGUAGAGGAUUCAGACUCAGCAAGCGUGGAAUACGAUUUUGAGACACAGCCCGGAAGUGUUGGUUUCAUGGUACUAGCUUCACAAUCAGAAUCCCAGGCCAAGAACACAGAAGAGGUCGAUGUACUGCAGAUGUGGCCUGCCCUACAGCCGAGAGAGGAACAGAAAGAGGAAAACCAGUCUGAGAAGUCAGGUAGACAAUGUCUCACAGCUGUAAUGAACAGAUCUCUAGAGGAAAAUAAUCCAACAGAAGCUGUACAAGUUUUGGCCACUGAAACAGAACUAAGUGAGUCGGAGCUUGAGCCCGAGGUGACAGUGAUUGAAAAGCCAGGAGAGAGGUAUAUAGGUUCACCCCAUUCACAAGCCAGAGAUGAGAAACAAACACCAAGUAGUGAUGGAAAGGCUGCAGCAUUAUUCCGGUCCAUGUCUCCACAGGACAUGUUUGACAAUGAAGAUGAAGAGAGAGAGAUCUGCACUCCAGCAGGUUUUGUUGGGUCUCUACAUUUGUCUAAUCAGGCCAUGCUAGUCCCAGAAACUACCGACUCAGAGUGCCCACUUCCUUCCACACCCGAGGAGCUAGAGGGACUCCCUAAAAUCAUACCCAGCUCGCCCACUGAUGGCUCAUUUAUAGUGGAUGAAUCAAUGCCUGUUCACUAUGACCCAAGAGAGGACUCGACGCUGGCAGACGAAAUCACUGUCAUACAGAAAAGCAGAAAGUUGGAUCCACCUGAGCUGUCACAGAAGAAGCCUCAGAGUUCUGAGGAAAGAGAAGACGAAGGAAAACAAAGGGUCGAGUCUGAGUCUGCGGAGUAUAACCCUAAGAGAGAGUCCACGCUGGCAGGACGUUCUGAUGACGAGCCGUCUCUUCAUCUCCAUUACUCAGAAACCCAGGGAUCCACACAUAGACAGCUAUUAUCAAGGACACAGUUAGAUGACUUAACGACAGAUAUAAAUGAGCAGAAAGGAGAUUCUGUGGAGUUUAUUGGAACAGAGUUUCUAGAUAUGGAUGUCAUAUCUAUCAAGAGCACAGAUGCUACAGAGAUUGAUGAAGUGCCAGAGUCUCAGGAGGAGUUAUCAUUGAGACUGACACCAUCACAGAGUGAUAAAUCAGGUAGAGAAACAACAGAUACUGAGGUAGUUCCGCAGCAAAAUAGAGAAAGGCUGCCAUUGGUCAAAAGUCAGGACCUUGUCACAGAACGGACAUCUCUACAAAAGAGACAGACAUAUUUGUCCCAGCCUACAGAAUGGGACAGGAUGGCAGGAACGGAUUGGAGGAGACUCCGCACUGUAGAGUCCAGGGAUGAGGAUGGAGCCGGGAUGGCUGAGUCAGAAAACUUUGCCUUGUCACUGCCAAAAGAUGGCGAACUGCUACAUCCCUGUAAUGUCUCCCCAGAGAAGUCUCCCAAAUCUGGUAUAAACAGCCAGGCCAGUGAGAAAAGUAUUAAAAAGGCAAGACAGACGACAAGUACUGCACUGGUAGAGAGAUACAAGGAACCCCAUACCAGGUCAAGGACACAGGAAGGUCAACAUGUUUUUGAUAGUCUUGAACCAGGACCCAGUGGUCUCAAUUUACAUUGUAGUUCAGAAGAUACACCUCCCCAAGCACCUGUGACAACAGAGUCCCAGGUGUCUAAUCGCAGCUUCAUGCUUCAACGACCAGAUGCACAGAGUGAAGCCACCAGAGAAUCAGAGGACACUCAGCAGAAUAUCUUCAGAAGAAGUGUGUCUGCCAAAGAUUCUCCAAGAAAGAGAGUGAUUGAAGAGGACAGUGAUGAUGAAGUAACAAUAGUUCAAAAGUCUAGGAAAACUCAGUCUUCACAUCAGCACAAAUCAGACGAGGACAUUAGUUUUAAAGAAAACCAUUCUCAGUCCAGGCAACCUAGCACUCCUAAAGCGAUAACAAUGGAACAUUCCUCACAGCUGACUGACAAGGGAACAUCAGGGAUGACUGCAUUAAGGAAGAUUCCAUCUCUCUCUAGUGAGGGAAGUCAAUCCAGAGUAUCACUACACAAAAAGACUUCAGUAUCCACGGAAGGCGGAUACCAGGCCAGUGUAGAGGACGAACAGAGUGUUUCACACUUUCCUGAACCUGAAGCAGUUGUUCGGAGUCAUGAACCUGAACCGUUGACAGCGAUACCAGUAGAUAUCUUUGAAUCAGGGGGCACUGGUGCAGUGCGUGACCCAGAACCUGAAACUAUUGAAGUCACCAUUGGACAGCGUAGGAGGACAGCUAAACCUAUCAUGCACACACCUGUCUCUGGAAAGAAGAGGAAACGACUGACAAAGCUCAAGAUUGGAAACCGCCUUGAGAAAUGUUCCCCGCCUAAAACCACGGAAACACCCAAUCUGUUGAAAACACCCACACUCAUAACCACAACUGCUUCGUCUACAAGUAGUGAGGAGACCUCCCAGAUGAACACGGCCAAGCCAAGUUUAUUGACGGAGAGAUCCACCAUUAUUCUGUCUCCACCUCUGGCCCGGGCGUCAUCUCUUGAAUCGGUUCUUUCCCGUCCACCUUUAAUGUCUACCUCUGAAACGCCAACUAAUCGGCCAACAAAGGCAAGGUCUAGUAGAACAGAACCAAGGUUUAAGAUUCCAAUGAGGACGGACUUAGAAAAGUCAUUAAAUAUAGAACAGCAGCUGACAGCUUCGGAGGCAUUUGAGCGUAAAACAAUAAUAGUCAAGAUAAAGCAGUUUGAAGUUCGGACAGAGAUAACCGAAGUGAUACAACAAGGAAAGGUUUUGUCGAAAUCUGAAAAGGAGAUUUCUAAAGAACCUGUGACAGUGAAAGUUAAAACUUACCAGGAAAUAGAGACAUUGUCUCCAAGUUCUUUGUCACCUUCACGCACAAUUAGUUCCUUGACCUCUGGUGACCUUGGGGACAUUAGUUCAAGCAUGUCACGAUCUGGUUCAUCCAAUGUUCCUUCUUCACUGAGUGAACAUGAUAUACCAUCAAGGCAACCCAGUGUCAACAGCCUGGAGGCCAGUUCAAUGGAGGUGAUCUCCCCUGCCCAGGACUUGCCAGGGCCCAGCGAAAGAAAUGUGGCUCCGUUGACUACAGUUACCCCAUCAAUUCCAGCUUCAGCACCAGCUUCCGAUUCUUUUACACCCAAUGUCUCUGCUGGAUUUGUUGUUAAUUCACCGUCUGGAAGCAGAGAAUUAGUAGCUGAUAAACCGACGACCAGCACAGGAUAUGCUGGAGAAGUUCGUGAGGAUGAUGUGCCAAAGUCUGGGUCCAGUGGAGAAAUCAGUUCUGAUAUACCAUUCCAAGAUGAACAAAAUAUCACAGCCACAACAGAAAGCACUGGAGUAGGAUUGAUUAGAACUGAACCUGUCAAAGGUUCUCGAAUUAUGGCGAAGUGGAAGGAUGGAUAUUUUUAUCCAGGAACAAUACUGAAGCUGGAUCCAUCCAGAUACCAGGUGAAGUUUGACGAUGGAGACUCCCGUUACGUGAGACAGUCGGAGGUUCUGUUGAUAGAACGACUCCCCCUAGGACAACCGGUCAUGGUCCAGUCUCAGGAUGGCUUCUUUGAUGCUGGUUUGAUCAUUGGCCAGACGAAGAGGGGAGGGGUUCUACAAUAUUCGGUAGAAAAGGACUCGGGCCAAAAUAGAUUAUUUCACAGCAGUCAGGUGAUUCUGAGUGUGGACCAAGCCAACCUUCUAUUAUCAGACCUUCCAACAACCUCCCCACAAAGAGCUGCUGCAGUCAUUGAACCCAAUCCAUCCAAUGUCAGCCUAGAUAACCUCGUGGAUGGAAAACGAAGGGUGGGCAGCAGGUACAUGCAGAGUGAUUGGCAUGCUGAAUCGUCUUCUGCGUCACCUGUUAAAUCUAAGACACACAGACCAGCAGCUGACCAACCAGUGGAGCCGGACAAACCGUCCUUGUCCAGGGGGGUCAGAAGGAAAAUCCCUCCACUACCCCAGCAAGCCACCAGUACACCCACACCAAAAGAAAAGAAGCGAGGGACACGGAAAGCUGUCGACCCGGAAUCUACACCUACCUAUCCCGAUGUGUCAGUGGCAGUGUCUCCUAUUGAACCGAGGCGAUCACCCAGGAAAACUAGACAGGGAUUGUUUGAAAAACAGAAACAGUCUUCCAAUGCCUUACCGUUCCGUGGUCUGGUGUUUCUCCUGACAUAUGUCGAGAAGUCCAAAGAUCUGAAGGAAGAAGAAAAGUCCCUGUUGAAGAACCCGUACCUGACCUCUGAUGAGAGUUCCGCAGAAAAUCCAGAUGAUGCGGCGCCUCAGUUUGACAAACAAGACAUCACUAGGCGGAUUCAGACCGGGGGAGGAACCGUCCUGGAGAAAUUUGACGAGGCGGCUAUUGCCAAUGCCAAGCAGUGUUUCUUGAUUUCCAAUUCCUACCAGAGGACCAUUAAGUACUUUCAGUGUUUGGCAGCAGCCAUUCCAUGUGUGUCCCAUCUCUGGAUCAGGGACUCAUCUAAUCAGGGUGUGUUGUUGGACUACAAAGCUUACAAACUGCAGGCGGGGGUCAGUAUAGAGAAAAGGAAGAUCAUGGAAUGGUCUUACAGAAAAGGGGAUCUACAGGGAUUUUCUGUUUAUGUUUCAUCAUCUCACAAAAAAUUCCUGGAGGAGUGGUCCUUCAUACUAAAGUUAGCUGGGUGUCAUGUUCUGCAAAAGCUGCCAGCAGUGAAUUCAGAUACUCCAGUCAACGUGAUUGUGACAGAUCUCACAUGCCCUAAAACUGUCGUACGUCGAAGCUUGAAGUCGGGCAUCCCACUGGUGGCCUCAGAGUGGGUCAUGCAGUGCUUGAUUAAUGGUAAAAGACUCAGUUUUACGGGUCACCCAAGGUACAGUUACGACUUUAACUCGUGAAGGAUCAUCAGACACUCGGUGUCUGUGGAUAUGGAAGUCACAAACAAGAAACUAAACUCUUGUGGAUGUGUGCUUACACGUACAUGUAGAGCCACCUACAUGAUUUAUACUGCUUAGUAAAUAUCUCAUCGAAUACAGCCAAUUAUGAGCAAAGUUUCUGGUAAACAUAUAGUAUGUACAUGUGUGUAUUGUGAAUUUCAUUUAUCUUUUUUUACUGUUUCGUGUUUUAAACCAUUGCAAUAUUUUUGUUUUGUUUUUGUGGCAGCAAACUAAGUUUUAACUAAGUUUUGUAAAUAUUAUACUAUUUUAUAGUUUAUUUGAUUUUCAUUGUACUCUGAAUGAAUUUCUUGAAUGUGGAGAAAGUUUUUUUUUUAAAAAUGUGCAUUUUUAUCUGAAAUAGUACUCACAACUUUAAUAGCAUACAGUAUGUACAUGUACAUCUCUUUUAAUUGUGUGGAAGAAAGAAAACAUUUUACUUAACUAACUUGACUUUGUAGUGGGGUAAACAGUUUUUAAAAUAUCAUCUUUUGAAAAACAAAAUGAUUUGAAAUCAGACAUUUUCCGAAAUUUGAUGUAUAUUUAAAGACCAUAGCAUUUUAAUUGUCUUACUAUUAAUUAUUAGUAGAGAUGACAAACUUUUAUAAUGAAGUGACAGAUUUCUCUAUCAUGUGUUUUAAACAUGUACAUGUAAAUUUCUUUUUGCCAGUCGCAUGAUUUGUUAUGAUGAUCAUUGUGCCAAAACUAUAUAGUUCUUAUGACUGAUUAAACAGUAUAACUGUU